AUGUGGCGAGUCGAAGAAAACAUCGCGGUGGAGGAACAGCUUCAAUACGGAGGAAUUGAUGUGAUGAGAACUUUCAAACAAAGAAUAAACCCAUUUGAACAGUACCGAGAGGGUGAAUUCUUCGAUAAAUACCGUUUCCCUAAAGAGAUAUUUGGUGGACUUGUGGACAUACUGGAACCAAGCUUAGAACGUUUCAGCCACAGGUCAAAGGCGCUAGAACCUUCUCACCAAUUGUGUACCGCAGUGCGGUACUUUGCCCAAGGAGGAUUUCUACCUAUGAUUGCCGACGUACAUGGGAUGUCGAACCGUAGCGCAAGCAACUGUAUCCAUACUGUAGCCAAUGCCAUUAUCCAUCGGAUGGACACUUUCAUACAGUGGCCGGAUGCUGAUGAAAUCACUCUAGCAAAACAAGCAUUCUAUGAACGUGGGCGUGGCUUUCCUUGCAUCGCAGGAUUAAUAGAUGGAAGUCAUGUUGAAGUUAUUGGUCCGCACAGACCUGCGAAUGAGGCGGCAUUCGUAAACCGUGGCGGUUGGCAUUCGAUCAACACUCAGAUAGUCUGUGGCCCCGACUUAAAGAUAUUCGACUUGGAUGCAAGGUGGCCGGGGUCUAGCCACGAUUCAUUCAUCCUACAGAAUUCCCAUGUAUGGGAUCGCUUCGAGAAUGGCUUGGUACCCGACAGUUGGAUUCUUGGGGACUCUGGAUACCCUCUUAAAAAAUGGCUUCUUACACCAUAUGCGACUCCAGGCAAUAAUGGUCAAAAUCGUUACAAUAUGGCUCACAAAAGUAUUCGAUCAGCAAUUGAAAGGUGCAACGGAGUCUGGAAGAUGCGAUGGCGAUGUCUGACAAAGCCUAUCAUGUUUCAGCCAGCAAGAGCAUCACGGAUUAUUGCAGCAUGUGGUGCACUUCAUAAUUUCGCAAUUCAACAAAGGGUACCUUUUAAUCAAGUGAUUGAUCAAAAUGUGAUGAAUGCCAUGGAAGUAGAUGCCGGCCGUGCGAUAUUCCGGAACAACAAUGAGGGGAUAAGAGCUCGGAAUGAACUAGUUCGUCGGGUUUUCGAAUAA